CAGAGGCGAUUACUGGGCAGGCUCAGUCUUUUGCCUCAGACGCUAGCAGUAGCUGGCAGGCAGUUGUACGUGCUCCAGAGUCUUCAGUGCGCCCCGCUGCCGUCGACUUCGCGUGGGUUCCCCUGGGCUCCUCCGAGCUGCUCGCUCUCCACACACGCCGCCGUAAUAACUCGCCAUCAUGGUGAAGCUCGCAAAGGCCGGCAAAACCCACGGUGAGUCCAAGAAAAUGGCUCCUCCCCCAAAGGAAGUGGAAGAAGAUAGUGAAGAUGAAGAAAUGUCUGAAGAUGAAGAUGACAGCAGUGGAGAAGAGGUUGUCAUUUCUCAGAAAAAAGGCAAGAAGGCUUCAGCAACCCCAGCCAAGAAGGUGGUGGUUUCACAAACAAAAAAAGUUGCAGUUCCCACACCAGCUAAGAAAGCAGCUGUUACUCCAGGCAAAAAGGCAGCAGCCACACCAGCUAAGAAGGCAGCUACACCAGCGAAAGUAGUUCCGACGCCUGCUAAGAAGGGAGCCACACAAGCAAAAACAUUGGUAGCAACUCCUGGUAAGAAGGGAGCUGUCACUCCAGCCAAGGGGGCUAAGAAUGGUAAGAAUGCCAAAAAGGAAGACAGUGAUGAGGAUGAGGAUGAAGAGGAUGAAGAUGACAGUGAUGAGGAAGAUGAGGAGGAGGAAGACAAUGAAUUUGUGCGCCCAGUAAUAAAAGGAGGGAAACCAGCAAAAGCAACAGCUAUUGCUGCUGCUCCUGCCUCAGAGGAUGAGGAUGAGGAGGAUGAAGAUGAUGACGAUGAGGAAGAUGAUGAUGAGGAAGAUGAAGAGGAGGAUGACUCAGAAGAAGAAGUUAUGGAGAUCACACCAGCCAAAGGAAAGAAAGCUCCCGCAAAAGUUGUUCCUGUGAAAGCCAAGAUUGUGGCUGAGGAGGUGGAUGAUGAUGAUGAUGAUGAUGAUGAUGAAGAGGAGGAUGAAGAGGAGGAAGAAGAGGAGGAGGAAGAGGAGGAGGAAGAGGAAGAAGAACCUGUUAAAGCAGCAUCUGGAAAACGGAAGAAGGAAAUGACCAAACAGAAAGAAGCCCCUGAAGCCAAGAAACAGAAAAUAACAGAAGGCUCAGAACCAACGACACCUUUCAAUCUGUUUAUUGGAAACCUUAAUCCAAGCAAGUCUGUUAAUGAACUAAAAGUUGCCAUCAGUGAACUUUUUGCUAAGAAUGAUCUUGUUGUUGUUGAUGUCAGAACUGGUACAAACAGGAAAUUUGGUUAUGUGGACUUUGAGUGUGCUGAAGACUUAGAAAAGGCCUUGGAGCUUACUGGUUUAAAAGUGUUCGGAAAUGAAAUUAAACUAGAAAAACCAAAAGGAAGAGAUAGUAAGAAAGUUCGAGCUGCAAGAACACUUUUAGCCAAAAACCUGUCUUUCAACAUUACUGAAGAUGACUUGAAAGAAGUAUUUGAAGAUGCCAUGGAGAUCAGAUUGGUCAACCAGGAUGGGAAGAGUAAAGGGAUUGCUUAUAUUGAAUUUAAGUCUGAAGCUGAUGCAGAGAAAAACUUGGAAGAAAAGCAGGGGACAGAAAUUGAUGGGCGAUCUGUUUCACUCUACUACACUGGAGAGAAAGGACAAAGGCAAGAGAGAGGUGGAAAGAAUAGCAGUUGGGGUUCUGGUGAAUCAAAAACGUUGGUUUUAAAUAACCUUUCCUACAGUGCAACAGAAGAAACACUUCAGGAAGUAUUUGAAAAAGCUACUUUUAUCAAAGUACCCCAGAACCAACAUGGCAAAUCUAAAGGAUACGCAUAUAUAGAAUUUGCUUCAUUUGAAGAUGCUAAAGAAGCUUUGGACACGUGUAAUAAAAUGGAAAUUGAGGGCAGAACAAUCAGGCUGGAGUUACAAGGACAGAGGGGAUCACCUAAUGCAAGAAGUCAGCCAUCUAAAACUCUGUUUGUCAAAGGUCUGUCUGAGGAUACCACUGAAGAGACCUUAAAAGAAUCAUUUGAGGGUUCUGUUCGUGCAAGAAUAGUCACUGAUAGGGAAACUGGUUCCUCUAAAGGGUUUGGUUUUGUAGACUUUAAUAGUGAGGAAGAUGCCAAAGCUGCCAAGGAGGCCAUGGAGGAUGGAGAAAUUGAUGGAAACAAGGUUACCUUGGACUGGGCGAAACCUAAGGGUGAAGGUGGCUUUGGUGGCCGAGGUGGAAGCAGAGGCGGUUUCGGAGGAGGCAGAGGCGGUGGCAGAGGAGGAAGAGGAGGCUUUGGCGGCAGAGGAGGAAGAGGCGGCUUCGGAGGACGAGGAGGCUUCCGCGGUGGCAGAGGAGGAGGGGGAGACUUCAAGCCACAAGGAAAGAAGACGAAGUUUGAAUAGUUCCUUCCAUUCCAGUCUUUCCCUCUUCAUUUUAAAGAAAGGACUCUGGGGUUUUUACUCUGUUACCUAUUCAAUGACAGAGCCUUCAAAGGACAUUCCAAGACAUUAGAGACCACGUGGUCUAUUGGAAUCUGAAUAAAGAGGACAUUUCAAGAGGUGUUCUGUUGGUUUAUAUGAACUUAGUCAAAACCAGCAGUGUAUGUAUCUCUUGAAAUGUUCUCUUUCUAUGGAUUUUAAAUAGACCACAUGACUAUGUACUGUCUCGGUAUGUCCUUAGGAGGCUUUGUCAUUGAACAGGUAACUUUUUCAAGAUGGGUAAUAGAGCUAACCCCAUCUGUAUGAUUGAAUUUAUAUUGUUUUACCCUGUGUACAAAACCUUUUUCCUACAAAUGUGUUUUUCUUUUUUGCGUUGGGGAUUGUAAAGGAAUGUUUAACUUUUUUUUUUCAGUGACUUUAGGACAGAUUAAAAGUCCUAAACUCUGAGCCCAGAUUUAUGCUUCCUGAAGGUUCCUUUUGGAAUGUGGCUUACUUAGAGCUUGGCAAAACCAAUACUGUAUUGUUCAGACAGAUUCUACCAAGUAGAAAUUUGCUUUCAAGAAUUCCAGCUGCAAAUAUGGAAAUUGGUUUU